CGGGAGUGUAGUGGAGGCAGUGAGGGCCCCCCUCCCUGUCUACGAAGAUUGUUUUUGUUUUAACUCAAGUGACUAAUCGAACAACAGUAUACAGAUAGCAAAGAAUAGUUUAACAUUACCACUAACAUUAUGAAUCGCCACCUACAUUCCCCAACGAUACUGACGGAAUUUGCCCGCACGUUCGAAGAAGAGCAGGAAACUAUAUUUUCCAAACUCGUCAACAAGCUUACCAACACCCGGCCAACAAAUGAGUCACCGAUCCACACGUCGGUUUUGCACGAGGAACGUGUGCAAGGUGAAAAUUUAGUUGCAAAUGCUACCGCUCGUCCAACGGCAACUGUCUCGAACCAACCAUCACCAUCGGCAAACCGUGGACCAGCCAUAACAGUUACGAAAAGCCCGAUAAAUAGCAAUGCUGGGCCUUCAGCGUCUUCGAAGGAACCGUCUCCAGCAGAACGGAACACUACCAGCGUGCUGCGGCGCCUAAGUAGCUUAAUAUCGCAGAAAUCAACCACCACCCGAAGCUACAAGCACACCGAUCUUCCGAAGUUCUGGAUGCCCGAUUCAACCUCCAUCGAGUGCUACGAUUGUUCGGUAAAGUUUUCUACCUUUCGUCGUAAACACCACUGUCGCCUGUGUGGUCAGAUCUUCUGCACCAAGUGCUGCAACCAGGUGGUGACGGGAAAGAUCAUCAAUUGCUCGGACGACCUGCGGGUGUGCAACUAUUGUUCCAAGGUCGUACUAACGUACCUCAAGACGUCGAGCAUAGCGGCCGACCUUAAACCCGACCUCAAGGCGUUACAGGAUGAUCUGGCACAGAAACUGUCCACCCUGCAGCCACCGGGCAAUGGCGGAGACGCUAACGUACCGUCGGGAGCCGGGAGAAGUCGGCGCAAAAUAUCCGUCGGCUAUCAGGAGGAACGCUUUGCCGCUAGCGCCGGGUCAGGUAUUUCAUCCGCCGACCGGAAAUCCAUCCUGCAGCAGUCCAACUCGCUGAAAACAUUGUACGAUGAGAUGUGUCGUUCGCUGCCGCUGUACAAUCGUGGCCACGAGUUGAUCGACUUUUUGUUCAGCAAGCAAAAAUCAUCGAACAACAUGCAGGCGGUUGCAAUACUGAACGCGAUGAUCGAUGCCGGCUUUCUGAUCGCCAUCAGCGAGCUACGGGGUGAUAGUGGUGCUGUGGAGGAGGUAGAAAAUACUCAACAGGGUCAUCAACAGGAGCAAAGCCGAGAGAUGCAUCGAGGUAGCAGCGGAGGAUCAGCAGAAGAUGAAGAAGAUCCCGUUGCAAUGACGAUCGAGUUUAGCGAAGACACCGUGUACAAGUUGGCCGUGCUGCAGGAUCGUCCGGUCGGUGCGCCCGGUUCAUCUGGCACUGGUGGGGCCUAUCAUUUGGAGUUGAAUUUCAAAUCUAGUUCCGUUUUGAUGCGCUCCGGAAACGAUGAUCAAUCGUCACUCGACAGUGAGGAUGGGGUCGGCGGGAACGGUGGUGGCAGUACCACACUGAGUAGCAUCAAUCUGAAGGACUCGGUAAUGGACAGCUCGUACCUCAUAUCGACCGGAGCCAAAGCACUGCUCCAGGUAUUCUGUGAGCACGAGGAGAUGCUCGUGAAUCAGUUGCUGCGUGCACAAAACCUCGAUCCGUCGUGGUCCAAAACGCUCAUUCCGAUAGUGGCCCGGGUGGCAAACACGCUGCGCCUCGACGCAGCCUACGGCACGGACGCGAUGGACAUCCGGAACUAUGUGUACUUCAAGAAGGUGCCCGGUGGCGAACGGUGCGAGUCGCAGAUACUAGGUGGGGUUGUUUUCUCCAAGAACGUGGCCCACAAAGAGAUGCCCCAGAAGGUGGACAAACCUAGGAUACUGUUGCUCCAGUGCGCCAUCGCGUACCAGCGUGUGGAGGGGAAAUUUGUCAGCUUCGAUACGCUGAUGUUGCAGGAGCGCGACUAUCUGCGCAACAAGGUGUCGAAGAUCAUCAGCCUCGGGCCGAACAUUGUGCUGGUGCACAAGAAUGUGGCCGGCAUUGCGCAGGAUAUGUUGCGCAACAAUGGCAUCACGCUGGUGCUGGACGUGAAGCUGUGCGUACUGGAGCGGAUCGCUCGAUUUUUGGAUUGUGAUAUCAUCAGCUGCAUUGACUCAAACGUGGGACACCCGAAGCUGGGAGUUUGCGAUCGUUUCCGUAUUCAAACGUUUUACGAUGAUCAAGGAUCAUCGAAAACCCUGAUGUGCCUCGAGAAACAGCACAGUCCACGUGGCUGUUGCGUUCUUCUGCGCGGAGCCAAGCGCAGUGAACUCUCCAAAAUCAAAAAGAUCGCCUCGCUACUGCUGCUUGCCCGACACAACUGGCGUUUCGAGCUGUCCUACCUGUGCGACGUGUACGCCAUGCCGCCCACUCCUCGUGCCAGUAUUUUUGACUCGAAAGAAUCCACUCCCUUGGAACCACCGCCGUUACCAUCCUCAGCGCUCACUGCGAUUAGUGGAGGCGAAAUCAAAGGUUACGAAGAACGUCAGCCGGCGUCGACGAACUCGAAACCGGUUUCGAUUGACACCACGACGACGAAAGUGAUUCGUACAACACCUGGGAACACAACGAACCGGGAGGAUGUCGGCGAAUGGACUGACCCGCUGCGAGCCGGAGAAAGUGACGGACGUGUCGACGAAGAUGAUAACUCCAUCGAGCUGGCCGUAGAAAUGCCGAGCGAUAAUCGAUUCCGUUCCGCACUAAGCUCCACGAUCCUAUCGAUCAGCCCGUUUGUAGGGUUUCCAUUGCCUUACCUGGAAACGGAUAGUGGCCGGAAGUGUGCCCUGCGGUGCUACUUUCCCGACGAGCUGUACUUCUCGAAGCAGUGGAGCGAUGCAGGGGGGGGUUCCGGAGCCGGCUCGGAUCGAUAUGGAGCAACUUUGUCCGGUGAUGGAAAUGUUGGGCCAAGUGGGGCGGAAAAUGAAGAAGAUGAAAAACAACUGCUUCCGGUGCAUCCAUUUGUGACGCACAAGAUCACCGCGUCGAUCGACAGUAAGGAAAUGCAGACGAUACUAGCAAGUUUUCGCGCCUGUGGAGGAAGAUAUCCGAAGGUGUCCAUGAUGAAGAAAGGAUCCUCGCGUAAACGUCGUCUCACGACUCUUGCCCAAAGAUCGCUGGAAGAGUUCGUGUACCGUGACGCGCUAGACAUUGAGAACCAUCAGCGGCUUCCGGUACUGUUCUGUAGCUUUAAUUAUAACGAAAACGUACCCUCGACCUUCUGCGCUCAACCGUCGUACUUGGAUAUGCAAUUCUAUGGCCAGAACGACAUCAUGCUGGGUCUUUUCCUUGAGCAUUACUGCUUCCGCAGCUCGUACAUCUGCAAGUCGUGCAAUCUGCCGAUGAUGGACCAUGUGCGUCGGUACGUACACUCCGGUGGCUGCAUUCAGGUGAAGCUGGCCGAAGAUCUCACCAAGGUUGACACGGGUACGAUACUGAUAUCCUCCAAGUGUACGAUCUGCAACGAAUACUCGAAACCGGUACCGAUGUCGCAUGACACGUGGUGCUACUCGUUCGCGAAGUUUCUCGAGCUGCGCUUCCACGGGCACGCGUACAAGAAGCGAAGCUGCGAGGGUGUUACGGAGGAUAUCGACGGCCCUAGUGGAGCGGGCGACGGAGCUAUGGUUUGUCGGCAUUCGCUGCAUCGUGACUUUGAGCAAAACUUUUCCUACAAGGGAAUAGUGGCGAGCUUUCGGUACACGGCGAUCGAUGUAUGGGAGAUAGUGCUGCCGGCCAUCUCCAUCUCGCUGCUAGGCCCGACCCCGAACGACGUAGCGCACGCACGCACCAGCAUCACCGAGCAGCGUACGGAGGAGAUGAAGCAUCUGGCCGUCAUGGGCUACGAUGUGUACGUGAAGAUCCUAGAAAAGCUGGCGGAAUUGUCGGCCGAUACCGAUACGUUCGCGAAGCUGAAAAAGAAAGCGAACCAGGACCAGGUGGCGUUCAAGCAGCGUAUCGAAAAGGUACAAAAGCUGCUCACCGAGGAGGUGAUCUCAGUGGAACUGGUGGACGAUGCGAUCGUGACCUUAAAGCACGUGCUGGCGGAAGCGAUCGAAGAAUGGGAACCGAAGCUGCACGAAAUCAUCAAUCAGGCGAAGGGUGCACAGGCGCCUAAGAGCGCACCACCGGGUGAUGGGGGAAAUGGAACCGCCGGAGGGUUGCAGGUGGACAAUGGUACGAUCGCCACCGAAGAGCUGGAUCUAACACAGUCGGGUGGUGUUGAAACACAGCAAAUGGAGCAAGAGGGAGCUCCUCCCGUACAGGAGAACCAACCAGAUUCGGACCAAAACGAAAGUGAACCACCGAAACAAGAGCUUACAGCGGUCGGUAACGAUCCACCAUUCGAUCAGGAGGAUCGUGCGAUGGUACCGGCCGUCGGUAGUGACGAAAAACAACCGACACGUGAUAGUAUGAGUGAGAAAAAGACGGUUAAAACGCUUCUCAGUCAGCUGCUGUACACGAACGACUACUCGCAGAUUCUCAGCUCCCCGCUGCCGCCCCACGAGCACCACUGCUUAAAGGCGGGUCUGUUCCCGAUCGUUGUCAACGAAAUGGACGUGGGAUCAUGCAUCGCCUACAGCUUGAUGUCGCAAGAGUAUCGCAAGAUGCUGGACAGUAUGAACAGCGGCGGUAGUGGUGGCGUUUCGACGAUCGGUGCCGUGGAAGCCAGCCCAAGCUUGAAGCGCAAAUCGCAAUCGGUUAGUUCGACGACAGAUGGGGAUGAAACGACCGGAACGACCCACGCGAAAAGUGAGCAAGAUAAGAAGCAUAAAAAUGCUGCUCAUAGUGAGAUUCAUUUUCAGGAUUCGAAUUGUAAUUUUGUAUGCAAAAUUUACUUCGCAAAAGAGUUCGAUCUGAUCCGUUGUCAGGUGCUAAAACGCCCACAAACACCCGGCUCAACGCAUCGCAUGUCCUCUGCCAGCGGCACAAGUAUGGCCCCGCCGUCUUCCGUUGGCGGAAACACGUUAGUCGCUGGCAAUGGCAGCAGCACAAGCGGAACCAAUGCAAGUGGUCCGAAUGCCGCUGGAGUCACCAACGCGGAUCCGCUCGAAACUUCCCAGGAAAUGAUGGAUAUGGUGCGCAAAAUGUUUGCCCGAUCGCUCAGCAAAAGCGUCCGAUGGGAGGCACGCGGGGGCAAGAGUGGAUCCAAGUUCAGCAAAACGGUCGACGAUCGGUUCGUGCUGAAGGAAAUGUCACGAACGGAUUUGACCAUCUUCGAAAACUUUGCACCGAAUUAUUUCGAGUACCUGCAGAGGUGCAUCAAGCAGAAGCAUAUUACUUUGCUGGCGAAGAUUUUUGGGGUCUUUAAAAUUACCAUCAAGCGCAAAGACAAUACAUCCGUUGAGAGUUCUGUGCUGGUGAUGGAGAACCUGUUUUGCGGCAAAGAGAUCAGCGAAAAGUAUGAUCUCAAGGGUUCCGAUCGGAAUCGCCUGGUGGAUCCCAACCGGCAAACCGGAACGGAGCGUGUGCUGAUGGACGAGAACUUCAUACAAAUGUCCUGGACGAACCCGUUAUACAUAUUGUCGCACAGCAAGACGGUCCUGAAGGAAGCGAUCACCCGUGACGCAUGCUUUCUCGAGCGCAACGAAGUGAUGGACUACUCGCUGCUGGUUGGUCUCGAAAACUCGGAGAAAAAUCUCGUGAUAGGCAUCAUUGAUUACAUACGCACGUACACAUUGGAUAAGAAGUUUGAAUCCAUGAUCAAACAGUCGGGCCUUAUGGGUGGCCAUGGGAAGCUGCCGACCGUGGUUUCACCCAAGAUGUACAAAAACCGCUUCAUCGUGGCAAUGGAAAGAUACUUUUUAUCCGUUCCGGAUCGUUGGGAAGGUUUGGCGAAGAAAUAAAUCUAAACUACUUACUUUGCGCGCGCUGCAAAUAAACUUAAGCGACUGGGGUUUUGGGUACGAUAGCGUCCGAAAUAUUAUUAACACUUUGAACCGUA